AUGAGCACUGGCCUCCCUCGACCGACCGCGAACCCUCCUGCGCCCUGGCAGGAACAUGACCAGCAUCGCAACAUGAACCGUGGACAUUCAAACAGCGCCUCCUCUGCUCAGAUGCCCUUGGCCGGGAUGCAUGGACACAAUCGACCGCGCAACGGGUUUCAUCCAAACGGGGAAAAAGCAGUGCCUGUUCCGGGAACAACGCCCUUCGGCAAUGGCGCCGAUAGAAAGGGCAGUAUAGGACACGGUCCAGCCUUGUUCGAUAUGGCUCGUAGUCCUCCCAACACAUCCAACAAGAAUACGAAGCAUGUGCCGUGUAAAUUCUUCCGACAAGGAGCGUGCCAGGCCGGCAAUGCGUGUCCUUUCUCGCAUUCUCUGGACCCAAUGACCCAACAAGCGCCAUGUAAAUACUUCAUGAAGGGCAACUGCAAAUUCGGCGCCAAGUGUGCCCUGGCACAUUAUCUCCCAGACGGACGUCGCGUCAAUCGUGCCGAUCUAGAUGUCGGAAUGGCCAUGGCAGGCCGAAGUUACAACUUUACCAACCGACCGGAUCAACCGCCUUUCCCUAAUCCCGAUCCCAGCUUGCCCGACCCCAUGCUCAACCAGCAAACUUUGGGACCCGACUAUUUUCCAAACCAACCGUUUCCGUUAAUGGACCCAGAUGAGCCGGACGCUUAUCCGGACCGAUAUAACCAGUACCAGAACCACUCUGCCUUUGAUUCAGGGAUCAACUCGCCUCCAACGUCACAAUUCGGAUCUCCGCCUAAUGACUACCAAUACCCCAAAUCGCCGGCGGACAACCUAAGGACGGCUUUGAAUGCGCCGCUACCCCAGUCUUUUGAUGCCAACGGCAUGUCACGAAUAGCGAAGUAUGGACCCCUCGGGCAGUCUGUGCCUGAUAAAUUCGGCAUGCGCUCACCUGCCUCUUCUUCGCUUUCUCGACAACUAGGGAGCCCGCCCGAUUCUAUUGUCAACGUCCGAAAUGCCAAUCUCGGCUCGAAUCUGAGGAACGCGUCUCCUCUUGGCCUCUCGCCUCAGAAUGCAGAAGAGUCGAUCAGUCAGCGGUUAAUGCACUCCCAGCGAGCGGCGAAGACUAGAGGUCUGUCGGCUAGUGUGCCGCGGUCCAAUUUGCUGUACGAAUGGGAGGAAAGUCUCUCCGUGGAAACAGAUCUACUGCCGAACAGUCUUCACGAUGAGGUUUUGACCCCGCAGGAAAAGAUGAGGCGAAUGUCGAGACCGGAUCAAGAGCUCGGAUCGAGGGACCAGGUUCGCGGGUUGGCCAUACCGGGCGGGACUUCCAGUAAAGUAGGCUCACCGCCAGCCGGCAGCCCAUCCAGGUUCAGUGCAUUAUGGGCCGAACAGCGGGAAAAGAAGGCAGCAGAAACCAGCGGGCCACCCAACAUUGGUCAUGUGGGCUCACCAUUGCGCGGAUCGUGGAUGCCGAACGAUUCCACGACCCCGAGUGUACAAAUCUCGGGCAUCUCACAGGCCAUGGCGCGUAUGCAGCUGAACCGAGCAGACUCGGGUGAAUCCAACGGUGCGAGAAUGCAGACCAGUAGUGGCCUCAGGCACUCGUCGGCGCCCAGUGGUCGACUUGACCGUGGUAUCAACAGUCCCGGGCUGAGUUCCAAAAAGAUUGAUGAAGAGGUUGAAGGGGUCUUCUUCCCUAUGGACGGAGAUGACAAAACUUCAAUUUGGACGGCGCCGGGGCCAACUCCGUUACGCGAGAGGCCUAAUGGCGAUACACCUGCUGCUGCUGUGAAACAAGAAACUGCGCCGGGCGGGGAGAAUGGCGUCAAGUCCUUGUGGGCAUUUCGCCCCUGA